CGUACACCGCCGAAAGACCCCAAAGGGCCAAGAUGGCUGCGCCCGUGGCAGACGCCGGGGAGUUUGAAAGCUGGCUAAAUGAUCGGCUAGACUCGCUGGAAGUGGACCGUGAGGUGUAUGGGGCGUACAUUUUGGGGGUCCUGCAAGAAGAGGAGAGUGACGAGGAGAAAGAAGAUGCGCUUCAGGGGAUUUUAUCCGCAUUUCUGGAGGAGGACAGCGUGGAGGAUGUCUGCAAACAGAUCAUCAAUCAGUGGACUGAGUGGCGCAACAGAACAGCAGCCAAAAUUGAUGCUGAUGAUGCUGAGGUCCAGGCCAUCGCCAGCAUGAUAGAAAAACAAGCUCAGAUUGUGGUGAAACACAAAGAGGUGUCCGAGGAGUCAAAGAAACAGAAAGAAGCGCUCCUCGCUCAAUACGCUAAUGUGACAGACGAAGAGGAUGAAGCUGAAGAAGAGGAUCCAACAAGUGGAAAUAACUUCACUGGAAAUGAUAAAUCCCUGUUUAAGAACACCAACGUGGAAGAGGUGCUGAACAGACAAAAGCAGAAGCGGGAACAGGCUCGGGAAGACGCUCAGAAGAAGAAAGAAGGGGACAAGAUGCAGCGGGAGAAAGACAAACUCGCCAAACAAGACAGAAAAGAGAAGGAGAAGAGGCGUACACAAAAAGGCGAACGCAAAAGAUAAAACCAAGAGAAAGGACACUUUGUAUGUGGAAAGGUUUUGUCAUGAGAUGGAAAUUAAAAACGGUAGUUAUUGCCUCUUCUUAGAUGAACCUCAUUGACACAUUUAGUAUGUCAUGUCUUCAUCAGGCCAUCUAUGUUAAUUAUCGUGUCAUAUAUGUAAAGAAUAAUUUACUGAAUAUCAGGCAGGCCCAAAAUCCUGUUUUGAUUUUCUUGGGUACUGAUAUGAGCAGAUACAGAAGAUUUUCGGAAUGAAGCUGCAAAUCUUAACAUGACAAUGAUUAUAACAGUCGGUCGAUCAAACAAACUGUUACUCAUUUAAGUCUCUGCCAGUAUGUUGUUGCCGCAAGUGUGAAACACGCUUUGGCUGAGCUUUGACGCAGUUAACCCUGAAAUGAUCAAAGUGUACACCUAAAACACGAAUUUGAUUCUUCAUGGUAAAAUCAGAGCAAUGCCUGUGAAGCGUCUCAGUCUACACAGUUUCUGCUGUUAUUCUCCGUGCCAAUAUGCAUUUAACUUCUGCACAACUUCCAAGGUGAGUUUUCAUGUUCAACUGUUAUGCUUUCACUUUAAUGUUGUUUUUUUGUUUUACUGUCUAUGCAUUUUGACUGAGAAUGAAAACAAAGGUUGCUAAAUUUUACCUCAAAUACAUCACGUACCAUAUUUUGAAUGUUUAGAAUGAGGUUCAUCUUUUGAAAUU